AUGGCAAAAGGUGUCAGAUCUCUAGCUAAGAACACUACGCAAGGUGCUGCGUCUUCCGUUUCUGUAAUGUCGAAGUCUUUUUCGUUCUUUGUUGUUUCUUUAAGUUUUGAUCAGGCGUACAUUGACAAGAGAAAUGCACACCGCCGUGUGAAAACGACAGGAGAAGGAAUGAGAAAGGGGUUUGAGUCGUUUUCAAGUGAGAUGUUCGAUGGUGUUGCUGGGUUGGUGUAUCAGCCUGUUGUUGGUGCCCAGAAAGAUGGUGUUAAUAACUUUAUUGUUGGUGUAGGGAAAGGAGUAGUUGGUGCAAUUGAUUUAGUUGGUAAGACUUUCGAGAACCAAGGUGUGUCAACUACAAAGUCGUGA